AUGGAAGGAUUCCACCCAUCGGAGAAGCCAUCGUUCCGAGAAACAUUCCCUGUAUUGGUUUCCUCCCAUGGACUAGAUUUUGCUAAUUUUCCGAUUUCAGGUGAACAGAAGGGCUCGCUUUACGUUCAAGAGCUGAUCUUUGGCGAUGAAUGCACCGAAGCCGAAGGUCGCACAUGGCAUCAUCAUCAUUUCCAGUGUGCCGAUUGCUCCAAAGAAUUGGGAGGGCAGAAGUACAUGCAGAGGAACAACAAGCCUGUAUGUCUUACUUGUUUCCAUUCGGACGGCUCAUCAUCACUCACAUGCACCGCCUGCACAGGAACCAUUUCCCUCGACCAACCGCACAUUUCGCAGAGCGAUAUGAGAUGGCACGCCGAUCAACGGUGCUUCUGCUGUUCAAUAUGUGGUAAAAACCUUCUUGGCAAGAAGUACAGUCUAGUUAACAGACACCUCUACUGCGGCUAUAAGACUUGCGGUGGAGAAGAUGAACUAUUUGACGAAGAUCCGAAUACCAACAUCGUCAUCACCGUCAAAAAAGAUUCCAAGCAACUAACGUUGAACACCAACGACGGAAACAUCGCCCUAACGCCGUCAUCUCCGAGAGCACCUCGUCCACCACCGCGUGCUCCACCACCACCUCCUCCUCCAGUGGAAAAUAUCUACGAAACCGUGCUGCCGUCUACAGCACUACGAAACGAGGACUCCUUCGAAAACCAUAAUGAGGGACGAUUUCCACGGACACCAUGUAAAACAAGUCGGCGAGAAGAACAAAACGGGUACAGUACUUCUUCAUCCGACUCAGAAGACGACACAUUCUACAUCAAUAAACUUCUUGUUGCCGCAUCUCUUAACCGAAAAGCCAGUCGAGGCGUGCCUCCAUUAUCGGCAGUAAGGACAGCAAAGACGAAGAAAAGCACCAGAUGUAUAGUUUCCUGA